ACCAGACCACCCAAACCUCCCCAGCCACCCCUCCACCCCUGCCCCUCUCAACCCAACGUAGCCCGAGUUCCAACUCAGCUCUGUUUCAUGUACACGACGAUCGGCAGCGGUCACACAGUCAGAUGGGAAGACUGUCAUGGACGUCUAAUGCCCAAAGAGCAACACUUCCCAAGAGGAGGAAUACUUCAGGAUUCAGGGACCUAGCCAAUUUGUCCGAAAAAAAUGAAAGAAAGUCUUCAUUCAUGAUGCCACUAUCCGACUAGAGGACACCUUUCCACCCCCAAGCCCUUGUUGGAGAGUUUGUUGGUUCCACUUAAACCAAACUGGCUGUUGGACUAAGGCAUAAAAAAAAAAUACAAGGCGUUGAAUGAAGGGCGCAGGCCCUGAACAUUAAUAUUUUUGAAAAAAGUGAAUAAAAAAAUUAAUGGGACCCCUAGUGUUGCUGAAUUUAUUUCUUGUUUUAUUCUUAUAACCAACCCAACCCCACCUCGUCUAAAAGUCAACAACAAUGGAUUUGAAGUCCAGGCACGGCAUAACGCUGCUGGAUCAUCUCACCAAGAUGAAGGACACGGAGCAGCUGACAGAUGUGGUGCUGGUGGCCGAGGACGUGCGCUUCCCUUGCCAUCGGCUGGUGCUGGCCGCCUUCAGCCCUUACUUCCGGGUCAUGUUCACCUGCGGCCUACGCGAGUGCGACAAACGUGAGAUCUUCUUGCGCGACAUGCCCUCCAAGAGCCUGGGCCUGCUUCUGGAGUACAUGUACAGCUCCAAGCUGCCGCUGUCCAACGACAACGUGCAGGGCAUCUCGGUGGCGGCCUUCCUGCUGCAGAUGGACGACGUCUUCAGCCGCUGCCAGCACUACAUGAUCGAGAACAUGGACGUCAACAACUGCGUGGGGAUCUACUACUACGCACGCGACCUGGGCGCUGAGGACCUGGCGGAGCAGGCGCAGCGCUACAUGCGGCAGAACUUCACCAAGGUGUGCAUGGGGGAGGAGGUGCUGGAGCUGGAGGCCCACCAGCUGGUCUCGAUGCUGGGCUCCGAUGACCUCAACAUCUCCCGGGAGGAGACCAUCCUGGACGUGGUGCUGCGCUGGGUGAGGUACGACAACACGUACGGGCUGGGAGUCGACGCCCUUGGUCACGGUGAGAUGCAGCCUCGCGAUCAGUACCUGCCCGAGCUCCUGCGCAAGGUGCGCCUGCCGCUGAUCGAGCCUGACUACCUGCGUGAGGCCAUGCGUAGGAACACGGCUUUGGUGGCCAAUGCUGAGUGCGUGGAGAUACUGGAGGAGGCCCUAGAGACGGCAAACAUGCACCCGGCCGCGGCGCCGCGACGACUGAAGCUGCGCUACGGCAUGGAGACCACAGAGAUGCUGCUGUGCGUGGGGAACGAUGGCGACGGGAUUCGGACGCGACAGGGCUGCUACUCCGAGCGGAACUUCUGCUAUGCGCCAAACACCGCACGCACCUACUACAUCACCUCGCCGCGCUACGCUGACGUGCUCGGGUGCGUGUGUGCAGGGGUGGUCAUGGACGACAGUGAAAUUGUAGUCGCCGGAGAGGUUGGUGCGCGCAAGGCGGCCAGGCAAAAGGAACGAAAUGUAGAGAUUUUCAGGUAUAACAUUGAUGCUCAGGGCACCUGGUGCCACCUGUGCUCUGCUGAAUACCGCGACUCGUAUGCCCUGGGCUCCCUCGGAGACACGCUGUACCUGAUUGGAGGGCAAAUGAAGCUGAAGAACGAACAGCUCAUGACGAACAGUGUACAACGCUGGUCCAUGAAGGGAGGACCGUGGCGGAGUGCCUCCCCUCUGCCACUGCCGCUGGCCUAUCACACGGCAGUGCGGCUCAAGGACCGCCUCUACGUCCUGGGUGGUCGCACACCUCAGACGUUCCACACUGACGAGGAGCCGGACCGCAUGAGUAACCGACUGCUGGAGUACGACCCAGAGUCCAACAAGUGGGCCGAGUUGGCCCCCAUGAACUACUCCAAGUACCGCUGCAGCGCCGUCGUCCUGAAUGGAGAGAUUUAUGUCAUGGGUGGCAUCGGGUGUGAGGGAGUGGAUCGGGGCCAGUGUCGGCGUUGCCUGAAUGUGGUUGAGAUCUACAAUCCUGAUGGGGACUUCUGGAGGGAAGGGCCUCCACUGCCAUGGCCCAUCCUCUCCCUGCGCUCUAAUGCCUCCAAUGCUGGAGUGGUGAAUGGGAAGAUCUACAUGUGUGGAUACUACAAGGGAGCAGAUCGCUAUGACAACAUCACUAAGGACAUCCUGGAGCUGAACCCGUGGGAGGGAGGGAGCUGGUCAGUGGUCAGGAGGCGUGUCCUAAUGCACGACAACUACGACGUGUGUCUGGUGGCCAAGCUCAACCCUCGGGGACUCCUGCCCCCACCCUCUGACCUGGCUGAGCAGUAGCUUGGAUUUUACUAGUGCACCAUACUCAUUUCGUGCAGUGGGUGGAAGUUUAUGGAUGGCAAGGCCAGGCUAACUGAUCAGUAGCAGCAGCAUCUCCACUAGGGCUCUCCAGCAGCUUUCACCUGCAGUGUGUUUACAAGUAGACUGGAGGCAGGAGACACAAACAGGCAGUAGGGCAGCAGUCUGCUUCCAGAGUAAGCAAAAGCAGGCGCUUCACAGACUUGCUUUUUUCAUUGAAAGGCGAUCGAAGUGUACAGAAUGAUGAUGUCAGUAUCGUCAUGAAGAGGGUCAGUGUUUUGCUUAUGCAAGUUUCCCCAGUACUUAAAGCAACACCAAGCAGUCAAUCUCUUAGGUCGUCCUACAGGUUGAAAGCAGAAUUGCCCACAUAGAGAACUACAGAUGGUCGGCCACUCCAAAUGUAGUUACUAUAUACUAAGUAAGAGUAGAGUACAGUAUCAUGUAUUAAUCCCUAGGGAAAUUAAGGUAAAUUAAAGUAAGGGAGGCAAAGACAAUUCAGAAGUGCCUUGCACAAUGCACGUCUUUACUAGUAGUUGUUGAUGUAAAAAUUAUCUUAAAGUUCAAAUACUGGUACUUCUUUGUGUUGCUUUAAUCACAAGAUCCUUGGUACUGGUAUAUAGUAUGUAAUUAUUUUGUUCACUUCAAGUGGCUACGUUUCUAUGGUGUUGAGCACACAGGUAUCCACUGCAACAAAGCAGUUUGUAAAUACUGGGUUUUGGUUUUGCAUUGUGAAAAAUCUUUGGCUUUUUUGCUUGUACUGGCUCCUUUAUCUUACCCGAGCCGAUGCUAGACAGCAUAUCAGAUCCCACAUACACACGUUCCAUUAGUAUUUUUUGUGUUAAUAACCAUGUUUAGAUUUCUUUUUGUUGUUACGAACAUUGCAAUCGUGAACUGCAGAGUAAUAGUUUACAAAAAAAUCCUUUUGCCCAUGAAGACUUACAUACUCACACACAGAAAACCAUGCACAUACAGCAUACUGACACAAGCACUUAUUAAAAUCAGCACUUUAAGCACAAACAUCACAUGCACACUAUCAGCUGUGAGCAGUGACUUGUUGACAUAACACUCGCGUCUUUUCCCACUUGGCUUAUUUUUCAGGCACAUUCUGACUCCGCUUAUGUGAUUUGUAUAUAUUUAUUGUAACUCAAGUUUGCUUGCAGAAGAAUACAGUCAUGCAAAUAGA